UGCCCAUCGAGGACGCGGAGCUGGCGCUGGCCGGGAUCAACAUGCUGCUGAACAACGGCUUCCGCGAGUCCGACCAGCUCUUCAGGAAAUACCGAAACCACAGUCCAUUAAUGAGUUUUGGGGCCAGUUUUGUCAGUUUUCUGAAUGCCAUGAUGACAUUUGAAGAAGAGAAAAUGCAGUUAGCUUGUGAUGAUUUAAAAGCCACAGAAAAACUGUGUGAGAGUGAAGAAGCUGGAGUUAUAGAAACAAUCAAGAAUAAAAUUAAAAGGAAUGCUGAUGGCCGAAAAUCUGCACCAUCCAUGAUGGAUCGACUACAGAGACAGAUAAUUGUAGCAGACUGUCAAGUUUACCUGGCUGUGCUUUGUUUUGUAAAACAGGAAUUGUCAGCAUACAUAAAAGGUGGGUGGAUCCUUCGAAAAGCCUGGAAAAUUUACAAUAAAUGCUACGUGGACAUUAAUACACUUCAGGAAGUAUAUCAAAAGAAGAUAACUCAGGAAUCCUUGACUUCUGAUGCUGCAAAUGAUAAUCAUAUUGCUGCAGAAGGUGUAACGGAGGAUUCGCUAAACAGACUGAAAGGUGCUGUUAGCUUUGGAUAUGGACUUUUUCAUCUUUGCAUAUCCAUGGUGCCCCCAAACCUGCUCAAAAUCAUCAACCUGCUGGGUUUUCCUGGAGACCGCCUACAGGGGCUUUCAUCACUGAUGUAUGCAAGUGAAAGUAAGGACAUGAAGGCCCCUUUAGCUACAUUAGCUUUGCUGUGGUACCACACAGUAGUUCGCCCCUUUUUCGCUUUGGAUGGCAGCGAUAACAAGGCAGGACUGAAAGAGGCUAAGGAGAUUCUUCUGAAAAAAGAAGCUGCUUAUCCAAAUUCUUCUUUGUUUAUGUUCUUCAAGGGAAGAAUACAGCGAUUAGAGUGUCAAAUCAACAGUGCCUUGACCUCCUUUCAUACUGCGUUGGAACUUGCAACAGAUCAGAGAGAGAUCCAACAUGUCUGCCUAUAUGAAAUUGGCUGGUGCAGCAUGAUAGAAAUGAAUUUCAAAGAUGCAUUUGAAUCCUUUGAAAGGCUUAAAAAUGAAUCAAGAUGGUCCCAGUGCUAUUAUGCCUACCUGACAGCAGUGUGUCAAGGAGCCACUGGUGAUGUGGAUGGUGCGCAGAAUGUAUUCAAGGAAGUUCAGAAGCUUUUCAAAAGAAAAAACAAUCAGAUUGAACAAUUCUCAGUCAAAAAGGCAGACAGAUUUAGGAAGCAGACACCAACCAAAGAGCUCUGUGUGCUGGCAUCCAUUGAAGUGUUGUAUUUGUGGAAAGCCCUUCCAAACUGUUCCUUUUCUAACCUACAGCAUAUGAGCCAAGCUUGUCAUGAGGUUGAUGAUUCAUCUUCUGUUGGUUUGAAGAAUUUGCUUCUUGGUUCCAUACAUAAAUGCUUAGGAAAUUCUGAAGAUGCGGUUCAGUUCUUUCAGCGAGCUGUUAAAGAUGAACUGUGCCGUCAAAACAACUUAUACAUUCAGCCAUAUGCUUGCUAUGAACUCGGCUGUCUUUUGUUAGACAAUCCAGAGACUGUGCCAAGAGGCAAAAUCUUACUUCUCCAGGCAAAGGAGGAAUUCACUGGAUAUGAUUUUGAGAACAGAUUGCAUGUCCGCAUACAUGCAGCCUUAGCGUCUCUGAGGGAAGUGGUUCCACAGUGA